UGGAGAUAUAAAGCGCUGGGUCCGGGGCGGCCCCGGGAGUCACCCGCAGCGGGGAGGCUGGAGGACACGGCGGCUCGUGCUAGCUCCGCCAGCCAGGAGGAUGCUCCGUCCCCGGGACCUCCGGCGCAGCUCGGGCACCCGCACCUUCCUGGACGCCAUGCACGCCGGUAAGGUGCACCUGGCCCGCUUUGUGCUGGACGCUCUGGACCAGAGGAUCGUGAACUCUCCGGCGGGGGACCACGGCCGCACCCCGCUCAUGUUCGCCGUGUGCCUGCGGGAAGCCGAGCUCCGGGCUCGCUUCGUCCGGCUGCUCCUGGACAAGGGCGCGGACGUGAACGGGCAGGACGAGGCGGGGCGCACGGCGCUGAGCCUGGCCUGCGAGCUCGGGCACCUGGACGCCGUGAAGCUGCUGGUCCAGCACAGCGCCGACCCGGAGGUCGCGGACCGGGACGGGAACCGGGCGCUGAUGUACGCGGCGUCGUGCGGCCGCAGCGCGGAGCUCCUCUUCCUGCUCCGCUCCUACAAGCGCUUCGGGCUCCGCUUGGACGCCACCAACCGGGCGGGGAUCUCGGCUCUGGACGCCGCCCGGGUGUCGGGUCACUGGGAGUGUGAGAGAGCCCUGAGCGGGCGCAGCGGACACAGCCCGGACUCCAGGAACGGAGAGGCGACGGCCCGCAGCCCCAAGCCGCUAUCCCGCCAGAUGCUGGAGCGCUUCUCCCGGCCCUUCUCACACCGCAGGGAGGAGGAGGAGGACGAGCGGCCGCGGGGGCUCCUCAUCCGCUCCGCCAGCUGCUCUCCCGCCCGCGCGGAGGACGAGAAAGACCUCCUCUGCCUCCCGGAGCCGGUCAUUCAGCGAGCGCACAGCUGGGACGGCUCCAGCACCGAGGCCACGUCCCCGUGCAGCCGCCUGCUGCGCCGCCUCACCUCUCCGGACUUCUUCCAAGGACUGUCCGGGGACGGUCUACCAUGUUACGCGGGGGACCUGAGGAGCAACUGCAGCCGGAGCCAGCUCCUACCGACCAGCAGCAGGCAGGCCCUGGCCUUGUAACUGCCGCCGUCCCGACUACUGACUGGCGUGGCCACGUGACUCCUGAAUGGCGGGAACUGUGCUGGUCACGUGGCGUCUGACUCUUAUGGACCUGUUCCUGCCUCUCUGACCAAAGGCUUCUUGUAUAAUGUGUUAUCAGUGGCCUGGCUGUAGCAGUGACUGAAGGGCCCCCAUUUUUUUGGGGGGUCCCAUAUUUUAACCAGCAGGAGAACCUCCUAUUUCACACCAUGAUAUAUAGUUUGUGAUUUAUUUUAUUUUUAUUUUAUAUUUAGUUUUUGGUCAGUGUGAGGUGAAAGGUGCUAUACAUACCACCUACAGGGACCUACUGCGGUAUUAAGCGUCGGCCAUGUUGUUGGAGCCCCAGCAUGGACGAUAUGUAAUACAGCUUUCUGAAUCGCGUCCUGUACCCCAGCAUGGG